AUGGAAGACGUCCGGCCGACGGCGAAAUGGGCGAAUCGAAUGCUGCGCCCUUUGGCGUCCAUAUAUCAUCGAUUAGAAAAGCAUCAUGAGAUUGUUACCAGUGUGUUGACUUCCAAGACAAGGGAGAAGAUCGGCGCCGCGCCCGCGCCCGAUACCGAACAACGGACGCGUCCCCCGAGAAGAACGAAGAGUACCGAGCGCGGACUCAAUCACUCCGACGAUGACGAUGAGCUGAACGAUCCCGCGUGGAUACCAGGAAAAUCCAUGGACAAAAGGAGGAUAAGACAUAAUUAUUCAAGCCGCGGGCGCGGAGCUGGAUUAGGGCCGCGGAGACGCAGUCGAUUGUUGAUACGAAGUCCUGAGGCGCCGAAGACUCUCCCUGGGGCAAUAGAGAUCGCAACGCCUUUGAUAACGGGGAAGCUUCGCGGUAGUCCCCUGACAGAGACUUCACCUUCUCUAAAGAUGCAGCUUUUCCAGAACCGUCUAUCGGAAAGCAGCGGCGGAGGGUCAACAGAGCAUCGGAGGAGUGGAAGGACGCAUAAAGCUGUUUUUCGGCCGUAUCAAGGGUCCUGGAAGGAAAUCUUGGAUCAAUCUGGUGACCCCAGGCUUGUGGAUAUUGCACAUCUAUUGGAUCGCAUCUUUCUGAAGUUUUUGGGGAACACUCGGGUUGCGUUCGACCGCGGAGGAGCUCGAUCGUUAUUAUCAACAGCCGUGCGGCGACUUCCGGAUUUCAUUGCUGAAGAACAGCGGAUACAGGAUGAACUGGAGGAGGGCUGUGAUAUAGAUAUGUGCGACGCCUAUUUCACCGAGUUGGAGGCUGUAUAUGCACCCGGUGGAGAUGGGUGGCAACCGCUACGAGAAGCUGUGCGUGCUCAAGGGAUCUACCUGGUAUCGUGCAUGAUACAGAACAAAUGGAUAACGUCACUAGCGGCUUGUCGGUUGCUUGAGGAAUGUUUAAAACAUCAGGAGCUUGAUGCUUUCGAGUCCUUAGAAACAAAACUGCUCGCGAAUGUUGAUACCUACCAGCACCCCUCAGCAUUAGAUCCGCCACGACCAUCCGGCCAGCGAGACCCUAUCCAAUUACUGGGAAGCUAUUAUCUGCGACAUCCAGCUCGGCAUGUAUACGUAUUUGAAGAACUUACAAAACUUCUAACCCGUGGAGCAGUUCCGCCCGAGUGGAUGGUCACUACGCUAUGGAAGAAAUGCGUGGAUAAAGCGAUCAGGUCGGUGUCAACGGAGGACCGUGGCUACGCAGCUGCGAGACGAUUGAUUGAAGCCGUGAUUCUCUCAUCGGCCGGCAUUUACUCGUCAGCAAGCCCAAAGAUGCCUCCCCUGGCAAAUCACCGUGGCCAAGCGCUCCGGCCGGUGCGUCCUCGAGAAACUCGAGCAUCAACGACGACCUCAAAUUUGUCGAAUGACCAAAGCCUGUGCCCUAUUCCAGUCCAAGACGCUCUUAGCAAUCUCGUCUCCAGCCUUCUCGCAGCUCUUUGUGGAAUAUGCAUUGCACGGUCUCAAGCGGUAGAUGCUGUCGCGAGAUCCGCCGGGCUGAAAGCGCGAGAGAUGGUUGGUGACCUAGCUUUUACCGUUCAGCGAGCAGUUGGGAAUGAGACAAUCAUCCUGGAGUUGGAGCAAGCUGCAUUCCGUCCUCUGCGGUGCGGCUAUGUCCUGUUGGCAGACUGCACUCUCCAAUGCGGCCAGAGCGGAACGCCCGAAGUCAUCUACCACUGCGACUCCGGUUCAAGGCGCAAUAUCGAGUCAUUCUUCAAGGCAUCAGCUUCCCGACAAGAUGUAGUCAGAGAACUUGCAAGGCUUGUAUCGCAGGUGUUUCACCACUUUGGCCACACGCAGGAUCAGGGCCCUGUCCGUACGCCAUACCAAAUCCGAGCCCGGGUCUCGCAGCUUGCUCAGUUGACCAGCACUACAGGGGUCGCUUUGCUGCUAGGCAAAGUCGCUGCAGAGACCGCGAUGGAGCUCGCAGAGAGGACCCUUGACACAGAUGAUCACACCUGGGCCGUCGAAGUUCAAGAGAUCGUCGCUUCAUCUCAACAAGGCGAAACCUCUCAACGGUCGCCCUCCAACUCCCACUCAAUCACUAGUCUAUAUCGGUGGGAGGAUACCAUUGGCGAGUGGGUGGCAAGGACGCCGGCGGCCAGGCCCCGCGCCGUCACUACAGCGGUAGCGGGGAAAGCUCAACUCAAGAAACACCGGCGCCCACGAAUGGUUGCUUGUUCAACGAGCAGUUCAUCCGCGAGCUCGAUUUGUUCAGAAGAAAGCGUUUCAAGUGUUACAUCGUCUGCGCCGUCACCUGAACCGCAGACACCUGUUACCGCUUAUGCCGAGAAGCCACAGGCGAGAAGGAGGGGGCGGCCUCGGAUCGUAUCACGCACAGCAAGUACCUCCCGCGCGAGUUCAACGUGUUCGGAGGAGGGCGUCUCAACUGAGAUAUCGUCCAUGUCCUUUGAGAAACCACAGGUACUUAACACUGGACAAAGGAGAAGAAGAGGACGGCCCCGGCUUAUUGCGAGCCCGGCGAAUAGUUUACCUGCGAAGUCGUGCCUGGAGGACACCUCUAGUGUUGCGUCAUCGCCGGCAUCCGUCUCGAGAAAGCGGCCAUGUGUGGAUCGAGAUUCUAGGUCCUGGCCGUUCAAGAAAACCUACCACACGCGGUCAUCGGAGCGAGUGGUCAGUAAAGGCGAUAACCCAACCAACGAUCCCGACUGUUCUUCAUAUCAGCCUUCAUCUGGAGCAACGCAUGUUCCAGCAGCCGCCCAGACAAACACUGGGCUCAGGGACGUGCUGCAGAAGAAUCCGGUGGGUCAGGGGGAUGCCACGACAAGAAACACUCGCAUGGUUCCAGUCCCAACUCUGGAGGUUGUCAUAGUCAAUAAGAGUCCGUCGUCAAAUUGCGCAGCGGCAUCUAAACAUCCUAUGCAACCAGUUAAGCGACGCACCCGUCAUUCAUCUAUUACUCCCAGGCUGAGUCCCAGGCUCCCUCGGAGAAGGCAAUCAGUUCCAGCGCGAGUUACGCGAAGAAGUCUCGAAACUGUCAUCCCGGGUCCGGAAGACGACAGCGACGAUGAGCUUAGUUUUCUCUAG